AUGGAAAACGAAAAUCCUAAUGAACAGAACUUUAAUACUCAAGAAAAAGAUCAAGAAACAGCUAUCAAUAUAUUAAAAGAUGCAUUUCCUGGAAUUGAGGAAAAAAUGCUUAAUGCUAUUCUUAUAGCUAGUCAAGGGUCAAUUGAAUCAGCAUUUGAUGCUCUUUUGAGUAUUACAGAUUCAAAUUACAAACCAGGACCAUUGAAACAAAUAUCUUAUAACAAUGCAGAUAUUCCUAAUGAUGUGCAGCAUCAAAUUGAAAAUGAUUUUAAAUAUGCUUAUAACUUAUCUCAAAUAGGAUUACAAGAAAAUGAAAAUGCAAAAAACACGAGAUAUUUAUACCAUAAUGCUAAAAAAGAACGUACUUUUAUUAAUGAUGAAUUACCAAUUAUUCGUGAAAAUUUAAAACAAGGUUUUGAUAAUGCAAAAGCUAAGAUGUCUGUUUUUUUUUCUAAUAUUAAAAAACGAAUUAAUGAAGAUAUAUUAUCUAAUGAAAAAAAAAAUAAUUUUUUUGAAGCUUCUGCUUUAGAGUUUACUGAAUCACCAAGAAUAUCGCUUAAUGGAUGCGAUACAGACUCAUUUUCUUUUAAUGAUAUUGAAGAUUUAAAUUUAGAAAACAAUGAAGUAUCUCAAAAAAUACAGCCCAGUUUAUCUUUUAAAGACAAUUUGAAUCUAUGUUCAGAAAAAAAUAAAUAA